UUAAUACUUGAGAAUAUGUCUGGUCGUGGUAAAGGAGGAAAAGGUUUGGGAAAAGGAGGCGCCAAGCGUCACAGGAAGGUGUUGAGAGAUAACAUCCAGGGCAUCACCAAACCGGCCAUCCGUCGUCUGGCUCGUCGAGGUGGUGUGAAACGUAUCUCUGGUUUGAUCUACGAAGAGACCCGUGGUGUGUUGAAGGUGUUCUUGGAGAACGUCAUCCGUGAUGCUGUCACCUACACCGAGCAUGCCAAGAGGAAGACUGUCACCGCUAUGGAUGUGGUCUAUGCUCUCAAGAGACAAGGCAGAACUCUGUACGGAUUCGGAGGUUAAACUGUGCAAGUUUUUCCAACUUCGUGGUCGUCACUAGCGACAAAUCCCGGCCCUUUUCAGGGCCACUCAUAUCCUAAUGUAAGCCACCUCGCCCUCUUCGAUAUGCUUAUUACUAUUUUAUUUUGUAACCUCAACGGAAGGAUGGCCUUAUCUUUCGUGACAUUUCUUUCUUUCCGUUUAAUGUCUAUUAUGGACUGGUUUUCUGUAUGAACUUGAGUCUCCUUAACCGUUGUUUUUCCUUUGCUAUGUACAAAAUGUGGCUGAUGAAAAUGCGUGGUAUGCUUUUGUAUGUCGUUAGAAUAAUUUUUCUUUUCUUGUGAACCCUAUUUUCCGGUAUUCGGAGUAAAUACAUCGUUUUAGCUGUAUAUUGGGUUCAUUCAAAUGAUUCAUUAGAAAAAGAAGGUCGUCAUUCCUCGGUGACGAUCCUAGUUUUCUCUUUAAAUGCGUCUCUAUCGAUACAUGAACCGGUCUGUUUUCUGUUUAAAUAUGCGAAAUGUGGCUGUUGUUUCUAGCAGGUUCAGUGACCGCAAAAACAUCAAAUCAUAAUAUGAUGUAAUAGGUUUUUUAAUUUUCGAGCAUGAUCGAUACUUUUUCUCUCGUUUUGUCCUGGCAGGUUCGGACGUGAAUGUCUUGUUUCAAUCUCCCAAAACCUUAUCGAAAACGUUAUUUGUAUAGAUUGGUUCAGUGGAUUCCAACCCGAAACACUUGGACAGCCAAAGAUGUCCAAGCUGCAGACAAUUCUUGUAUAUUCCGACAGUGCA